AGGAGGAGGCUGGCAGUGGUUGCUGCACUGACAGUCUGCAUGUGGCAGCCAGACCCUACAGAUGUAGAGGAAGCACAGAAUCCUAGGCUCAGGCAGAGGUGACGGGAACCAUUCUCUCUCUUUGCAUCGGAUCAUCUAUUUCCUGACUGUUCUCGCUCCUGGAAAAUUGAUGGAGACCAUCCCAGACGACGUUCUAGCCCGCAUCCUGGCUGGACUGCCUGCCGAAGAGUUAAUCCUCGUGUGCCGUUUGGUGUGCAACCAGUGGAAAAAUAUUGUGGAUGGGGCUGAUGUUUGGCAAAUUAAGUGUCACCAAGAUGGUUUCUCUGAGGCUGCAAGGGAGACUGAGCCGGAUAACUGGAAAUCUGUUUAUUUGCUGAACAAAAGGAAGACAAAUCUCAUCAAGAACCCCUGUGGGGAAGAGGAAUAUGAGUUCUGGAACGAUUUGCAAAAUGGAGGAGAUGGCUGGAAUAUUGAGGAUCUUCCGGGAGACAAUGGGCAGGACUUUCCUAUCGAAGGAAUCCAGAAAUACUUUGCCUCAUCUUUUGAGUGGUGCAGUAAAUCUCAGCUCAUAGAUCUCCUGAAAGAAGGAUACUGGGAGGAAGUGAUGGACAAUGAACAGCCGAACAUCGUGGUCAGCGACUGGUAUGCUGCUCGAUCUGACUCCGGAUGCCUGUAUGAACUCUCUGUCCAGCUCCUGUCUGAUACCAGUGAUGUCAUCACAGAGCAUAAAAGUGAAAUUAUCACCAUUCCUCAGGACAACGAUGGCGGCUGGAAUCAGAUCAGCCAUACUUUCUCUGGAUAUGGCCCUGGUGUGCGAUUUGUCAGAUUCCAACACGGCGGGCAAGAUUCUGUUUUCUGGAAGGGUUGGUAUGGCGUACGAGUGAGCAACAGCAGUGUCACGAUUGAACCUUAAUGUGUCCUCAUGGCACAGACGCUCUUUACCAAAGACUAAAUCCAAUCCGCAAGCAUGUUCAAGCUCAACACAAGAAAAAUGUGAAGUUACUGGGUGAUAACCACUGAGACCAACGACUCACGAGUUGGUGGCACAAUAAAUUGGAAUCACAAAAUCCAGGUGUUCCAUUAAUUGAUAUUUUGUCCAAACAGGUCGUGAGCCAACAGUAGCAAUUCUAUCAGGUAUUAUUUUAAGAUAGCCUUUUAUUUUAACCCAAAGA